AAAAUAUGUUCACCUUUCGGGAUAAACACGGCUUUUCAAUCUAGUUAUGCGAUAACCUAAAUAUACGAGACGUUUCGCAAAAGUUUCUGUGAAGUAAAUACUCGGCCCGGAUAAGCACGCGCUUUGACCUCUUAGCAACUACAAGAUGACAACUCUUCUUCCACCUGUUCAAUACCAUAUUGACACUGACGCAGAGCUGGAAGCGAAAUUGGCGAGUAAAGGCCUGAAAGUCGUGGAGAUCUUCUCCGAGUGGUGCGGCACAUGCAAAAGCGUCCUGCCGACUUUUAGGCGCAUUCGCCUUGACAGAGACGACGAGAGUGCGCUGCUGUUCUUGACGGUGUGCGCUGAAAAAUGCAACUUCCUAGAAGCAGCAAAGGAGCACCGGGGAAAGUCAGAGCCCCUCUUCCUACUUUACAGGAACGGGCAGCUCAAAGCCCGGAUAGAGGGCGCCAACACGCCGGCGCUCAACCAGCAGGUGCUGGCGCUCACGCCCGCCAACGCGGAUAUGGAUGAUCUGGAGGAGAACCCCAUUUACCUCGCCAAGAUGGAGCGCGAGCGGAUUGCACGGGGGGAGACCAUUAAGGACUCCAAGGCUGGCAAGAAGGGCGGCAGGAGGUAACCCGAGCACCGCAUGCGGUGCUUAUUCAGCAUGCAACUGGGGGUAAUGGCGAACGUCCAAGGAAGCGCUGCUGUUGGCUAUCAUUUGUAAUAUGACAGAUGCUUAUGGCAUGUGCCACACAAUGUAUAGUUCCCGUGGGAGAUGUGCGAUAGACAAAGGGCGUGAUCACGUCGUGUAUAAUGGAAAUGCUUUUUACAGGGUGUGGUCGAGUUUGGUCAAGGCUGGGGUCUCACAACCUGUCUUUGUUUACCUUCACGAUCGCCAUAUUUAGGUCGGGAGUCAGCAUCCUGGCAAAUGGGGCCCAGAUGCGAUGCGUGGGCUUUUACCGCAGCCUGGGCCGGUUUUAUGCUGCACGAGCAUGCCGGUUAGGGCGCAUGGUUGCAGUUAGAAGUCGUCUUGGGAUCGUGAUCGCGCGUGUCCUAAUAUAAAAAGAAGCCUUGUCUGAGUUGAACGCCGGGUCGGUGGGCAUGGCCUGGUUGAGCUGCAGGGGGCAGCACAACAAACUCGUACGAUGAACUUGUAGACACCAGUCAUGUCGAUACCGCGUCUCCGCCCAACGGCUGUUGCGGAGUGAGGGAAAGAGGACAUUGUAUGUUUCGCUUCCAGGCGACCAUGGAUGAAAAUCUAUCAAUGCAAGGGCUGGCUCUGG